AUGUUCAGGCUUAUUGUUGGUGACCCUUGGGUCGUGGAUAUUGCCUUCAUCUGGAACCAAGAGGAAAAAGUGCGAUGUGCUUCGGAUGACUAUGAGGAGAGUUUUCUGUGGGAGUCCGAACAGACGCAGUCUUGUGCCUUGAGUCGCCUGGUGCGCCGAACCGACCCCCAGACGGACCCCCGAUGGGCUCCAACUGGUAUCCGUAAGAGGAUCGUUUAG